AGGAGCCAAAAGUUGAGGAGACACCAGUGACGACGAAAGAGAGCCACAAAGAAACGAACCUCGUUGGUGAACAGAAACCUCCACAGCCUGAGUGGCCUCCUGCUGCAGGGGGUGGCGAGCCGGGCAACUAUGACCCCGAAGAUGCAGCAGCACCUACCGCAGAUGACCCUGGUGUUGCUGCACAUGAAGCAACACGGGAAGAAGAAGCUGAAGCACCAGCACAAACAGAAGCAGUGAAGCAGAAGACCGCCGACGCUUCUACAGCGUUAAAAGCGGCUUUGGAUGAGUUUUCGCAAAAUGCUGAGAAGGCUGGAGCAGAUGUGCAACUGGACUUUUGCCGCCGGUAUAUCCCUGGAUUUACAGGUGCAUAUCAUUUGAGUGCUGUGGCCUACGCCCAGUCCCUUGUAGAUGUAGCACUUCAACAGGAUCCAAAAGAGUCUGCUAGUCUUCGUGAAAAAACAACGCACUUGGUGAGGAUAGCUUUUGCAGCUUCACUGUUGGAGGCAAUGAACAUGCGUAUGAAAGAACUAAAAGCAAAUAAGGAACGGUUUAUGGAAUCUGCUGACGCGAAAGCGCAUUCGCGAAGGGCCUCGACAGGCUCUACACUUUCGAGGGACGCUGUAGAAGAACCAGCUGUGGACUUCACGCCUGUGAAAUUCUCCUACUUUUUAAAGAAAUUCAAUAAACAUCUGGGCGGCAUCUCGGAUGCUGUAAAACGGGCUGACAAGAGAGAAAAAGAGGCAGGAAUGACAACGAUUCAAGGGGAUGUCACAAAGUAUCAAGCAGAGUGUCUCGUGGAGUUUCUAGCUGGCUCUAUCAUACAGAUCUUGGGUGACCGAAAAGUUCCAGACAAGAUGGCCCAGAACUUCAGUCGAUUAGUAGGUGAUCUGGGGGAAUUUUGCGAUCAAAAUAAGGGCAUGCCUCACCAGCAUUCAUGGACUAAUUAUCUUUCCAGGUUUGAAUGCCCGGCGAGCGUGAUUGAGAAGGCUGACCAGCGGUUUAGCAACCUUGGAAUCUUUGGGGCACUCACCGAUUUUCUCUCCCACACUUCCCAAGCUCUAGUUAAAAGGAGAACAGCUGCUCACCACGACCCAAAGUAUUUAGAGCAUAUAGACAAACACUGGAACGUCGCCCAGUUGCAGAAGCUCGCAGAAGAAAUCAUAGAUGCUGACCGGCAAGGCAAGGAGAAAGCUCACCAGCAUAAACAGGCUAUACUGGAAGCUGCAGGAGACCUCUCGGAAUUCGAAGAUGCUCCAGCAGGCGAUGUUGACGUGCUGCUUUUAAAGGCGGGAAUUGCUUUACUUUGA